UACGCGCUGCCUGCGAGGAGCGGAGCCGCGCGAUUGUCAUACAGUAUUGGCAGACAUGGCGGCGGACCUACAGCCCGAGUGGAUUUCUUGUCUCCCUUCCGCCUGGAGUUACGGGGUUACUCGGGAUGGACGCGUCUUCUUCAUCAACGAAGAAGCCAAGAGCACAACCUGGCUGCAUCCAGUAAGUGGCGAGGCGGUAAUAACCGGACACAGAAAAACUCCAGACCUACCCACUGGGUGGGAAGAAGGAUAUACUUUCGAGGGGGCACGGUGCUUUAUCAAUCACAAUGAGCGGAAGGUGACCUGCAAGCAUCCUGUCUCAGGCUUACCCUCACAAGACAACUGCAUCUUUGUCGUCAACGAACAAUCUGCCUCCAAAGUGCCAGCGAAUGAGAAGCAGGAACGAGCACUGAACACCAUGAGUGAGGCCUCAAACUACACAGGUGGCUCGGACUACGCCGCAAACACCAGUAGCCCAGCAGGAAGACCCUCAAGGCCUUCCAAAAAAGUUCAUAAUUUUGGGAAGAGAUCCAACUCUAUCCGGAGAAAUCCCACUGCCCCGGUAAUCAAGAAAAACUGGCUUUACAAACAGGACAGUACAGGGAUGAAGCUGUGGAAAAAGAGGUGGUUUGUGCUGUCCGAUCUGUGCCUCUUCUACUACAGAGAUGAAAAAGAGGAGGGGGUACUUGGCAGCAUCCUCCUACCAAGCUUUCAUAUAUCUAUGCUGUCUGUGGAUGAUCACAUUAACAGAAAAUAUGCCUUCAAGGCAACACAUCCAAACAUGCGGACAUACUAUUUUUGCACAGACACAGCCAAGGAAAUGGAGUCAUGGAUGAAAGUAAUGACAGAUGCUGCGCUUGUGCAUUCAGAGCCAGUCAAAAGGUUGGACCGGCUAAAAGUGGAGCAGUGUGGACCACAAGAGAUCAACCAUGUGGCUAACCACAGGCCACCACUCACAGAGCCUGAAAUCCAGAACAAUGAACGCAACCGUGAGGUGGACCUUGAGCGCACUGCAACAGUCACGUCCACAAUGGCAGAAGAAGAGAGGAAGCAGUGGGAUGCUGAGCGCUACGGCUUCCAGAAGGAUGGGGCAGAGCGUGAACGUCCACUCACCAAGAUCAACAGUAUCAAACUGCAGCCAGCCCAGGCAGCAGCCGUCAAAGCGAACAUCACCUCGCCGCAGACUCCAGCUGAGAUGGAUGGGUCACACCGUAGCCCCCAGGUUAAUGGAUCUGGUGAUCAGUGUCCAGCUGAUGGGACUAGAGUCCCUCCUCAGCCAAGUCCCACCCAUGAGCCAGACCGCACCCUGAGUAGGACCAGCUCUAUGCAGCAGCUGGAGCAGUGGGUUCGCACACAAAGAGGACGUAACCAGGAUGAUGACACCAGGAGCAUCACAUCAUACCAGACACUGCCCAGAAACAUGCCAAGCCAUCGGGUACCCUAUAUGCCUCAUUAUGGAGAUGGCUACCGCAGCAUGCCCAGGAAUAGCAUGGCACAGCGGGACAGCAUCUGCAGUAUGUCGCCAUCAUUGUACGACCAGGCCCUGGGUCCAUCGCCGGCCGAUAAGCGCUGCUCCAUGCGUGAUGACACGAUGUGGCAGUUGUAUGAGUGGCAGCAAAGGCAGGCUUACGGCAGGCAGCCGGCGCUCUACAACAAUAUGGCCAGUCCCAAAACCAUGAUCAACCUUUCAGAGCAUGCCGCACCGAGCCACUCCAUCCCCCCCUCGCCCUCCCACGGCUCCCUGUCCAUGUACGGUGGCUACUCUCCAAUGCGAGCCUACAACAUGAACAGUGCUCAUUCCGAGGUUUCCUCUCCCAUCUACAGAAGAGACAUGAGCAUUGACAGACGGCACAGGCCUCAAUUCAACAAGUAUGCCUACCCACCUGAUAGGAGGUCUAUGCCUGCAGGGAUCCCAGUCCAGACUAUCACUGCCCAGUCUCUGCAAGGCAAAACACCUGAGGAACUGACUCUGCUGCUGAUAAAGCUGCGGCGGCAGCAGGCAGAGCUAAACAGUAUCCGGGAGCACACUGUAGCACAGCUUAUGCAACUAAACAUGGAUGGCGACAACCCAAAGAAUGACAUUCUCUCCCAUCACCUCCAAAGGAACCUCAUGUUUUUGGACAAUCAGUUGAGUCCGGACGACUACAGAGAACACGCCUAUACGUGUAUGCCAGAGGAGGUGGACACUGAUACCAAACUUAGCAGGUUGUGUGAGCAGGAUAAAGUGGUGAGGACACAGGAGGACAAACUUCAGCAGCUAUACAGAGAGAAGCACACCCUGGAGACAGCACUGCUGUCAGCCAGCCAGGAGAUAGAGAUGGGCUCUGAUAACCCAGCUGCCAUGCAGAGUGUCAUCCAGCAGAGAGACUUACUGCAGAGCGGCCUGCUCAGCACCUGCAGAGAGCUGUCCAGAGUCACUGCUGAGUUGGAGCGCUCAUGCAGGGAGUAUGAAAAGCUGGAAGGAGAUGUGACUCUGGCUAAGAACAACCUGCUGGAGCAGCUAGAAGCACUGGGAAGCCCUCAGACAGAGCCUCCCAGCCAGGAGCAUGUCUGCAUCCAGAAAGAGCUGUGGAGGAUUCAAGAUGUGAUGGAGGCCCUCAAUAAACACAAAGCUCAGAGAAAUGCUGUUGAGGGGAUGGGUUUCUAUGGGCCCAAGACUAACUUCAGCAAGCACAAAAACGAGGGUCCAGACUACAGGCUAUAUAAGAGUGAACCAGAGCUCACCACAGUAGCUGAAGUGGAUGAGAGCAAUGGAGAGGACAGAUCUGAGCAUCCGUCUGAUAGAGAACAUUCUGGAAACAAAGGGAUGUCCUACCCGGUCGGCAUCGUCCCACCCAGAACCAAAUCUCCAGUGGCAGAGUCUUCUUCCAUAGCUUCAUAUGUUACAUUAAGGAAGAGCAAGAAGCCGGACCCUAGGACGGAGCGUCCACGUAGCGCAGUGGAGCAGCAGCUGUGUGCUGCGGAGAGUGGCCGGCCCAGGAUGAGUGUGGAGGAGCAGCUGGAGAGGAUCCGUCGCCACCAGCAGGGUGCCCUAAGGGAGAAGAAGAAAGGCCUCAGCAUCCGGGGUAGCAGCCAGGAGAACACGCCCUCUCGCAGUCACUCAUUCACUAAAGAAAAACGCAGCAUCCAGUCCCAAAUGAGACGCAGAGAUGUGGUGAUGUGCAGUGACAUUCAGGAGCUGGAGGCCUCCCUCAGGCAGCAGGAGGUCGUGAGGGAGCAGGAGACGCCCGCUGAGGAGAUUGCCCGUCUCAAGGAAGCCUGUCAGGCUGACCACUUUAAUGUGGACCGAGAGCUUUCUGUGCCUGACAAAGUGCUGAUUCCUGAACGUUACGUAGAGUCAGACCCUGAGGAGGAUCUGAGUCCUGAGCAGGAGGCUGAUAAGCAAAGGAAAGUUGACCGCAUCAAAGCCCUCAUAGCAAAAAACAGCAUGCAAAAUGUGCUGCCUAGCACGGUUCUAAGCCCAGAGGAGGAGACUGAAGAGGAGGUUACUGUACAGGAGAAAGAAAAAAUGAUUAAUAUCUCCUACGAGCUGGCAGCUGAGGCCUCCAAACGCAGCAAGCUGGUAGCAGUGAAAAACCCGUCGUCCUCUUCCCCACCCCUUCCACAGUCUCCUAAUACACCCCCUCAGCUCACUGACGGGUCUCACUUCAUGUGUGUGUAGUAGCACCACGCAGGCGCUUGCCUCAGUAAAAACCUACACAUGAAGGAAACGGCAGUAGAAGUAUGAAGACGCCCCUGAAGACUUACCCAAGGACAUCAGCACAAGACGGAGUAGAACUGCCUAUUCUGUCCUCUGGGGUGACUUCUGUAUGCUCACUGUGACGUUUAAGCUCCUAUGCCACCAACAACACUUUCUCUGUGACAUUUCACUGCAGUUGCUUUGAGACAGCUUUGAUACUGUUAUUGUUGCAGUUCCAUUUUCAGUUUCUACAAGGUUUUUAAGUUUAUUUUAUUAUUUAUAUGGUUUUAUUAGGGUCUUCUUUGAAUAUGGGCCAAUGUCUAUCUGUAUAUAUAUGAGGCUAAUAGACUGAGUUUUUGGCUGAGCCACAUUUUCCAUUCAUGUUUCACCACCUGUCCGAAAAGGUUACAGGAACAUGUUUUCACAUAUUUUAGUUCACUUAAAUCUUUUAUAAUUCACUCAAAUAGUUUUUCAAUCAUCACUCAUCAGCCAACCAUUCAUAUUUAUCCAUUUAUUGUAAAGAACCUUUGUCGACACAAAACAUGAGUAUGUAAGAGACAUAGAUCCCUCCAUUAUAAUGAAAGGAGGAGCCAGUUUAAUGCUGCAGACUAAGAUUAUUUGUGAUUUCUCCUGCUUCUGGGUUGUAACUAUUUAAAAACAAGAUCUUCUGCAUUCCCUGUCACAUUGUUGCUGACACUUAUGUGAAUGUUCUGGCUUAAGUCCCUCUUUACUGUCUUUUUUUUUUUUUUUUUUUUUUUAAAUUGCUGAGAGAUAUAUUUAAACUGAGAGAUAGACAAAAUCAGAUUUUAGUUCUAUUUUAUGAUGUUGGUUUGAAGCCCUGGAACUAAAAAAAAGAAAAAGAAAAAAAAGAUUAGCACAUGUAAAAAGCAAUAAAACUAAAAUGUUUGUGGAUCCAGGAUCAACUUUUUUGUGUGUACAAAGUGUAAUUAUCAGAGGUUUACUGUGUAUAUAAUGUACAUGGUACAGCAGGAUGGGAGGAUGUAUCCAGCAUAUGGUUACAUACUAGAUUUGAUUUGCAAAUGUUCAUAUCCCAUCUGUUUUAUAUCAUGUUAAAUAAAUGUUUCUGUUCUUAA